AUGCUCGGCAAAAUGGUGCCCAAAAUGGUACAAGCAGCACAAACACGCCUGAAGAGAGUUGGUACGGCCCGGGAUAUCAAGUUCAAGUUCGGAGGGUACAUGGGUAGCUCAAGGUUUGCGCAUGCACUCUUGCACAUUAUGGGGGAGGAAAAGGGGGGUCAGAUACAGAGUAAACUUUCCGAAGUGCUGUUACUGUAUCAAUUUGAGAGAGAGGAGGAUAUUAGCUGUCUUGAUACGCUUGAAAGGUCGGGGGUGGGGGCGGGGUUGGGCGAGGAGGAGGUUAGGGGUUGGUUGGCUGAAGCCGGUCCGAGAAAUGAGGUGCUGGAGAGAAAUGAGGAGCAGCAAAGGAGAGUUAGAGACGACGUCUAA